UCACUAUGACAAUUGUGUAUAAUGUUGACUUUUACGUACGAAACACAGACAUCGAUUAUGCACGUAUGAUCCAAUGUCAAACACAUACCAAGCAUUCGUUAGAUGCCACAAACCAGGAGCUAUUAAUUGCAGCGCUCCAUACAUUCCUCACGAUGCAUCGGUGGAACAUCUUCGUCUCAACUACGCUUUCGGUGACAGAAUUAAUGUGACGUGUGAUGCAAGUGAUGCUUACUUUACUCUUCAAUGUCAUAACAAAGGCUUGUGGAGCGGACCUGUCGUUUCCUGUCCAAGGUCCAACGUAACAGUACCCGCUGCAGUAACCGCCCAUCGCCACGCCUACUGCAGUGCCCCAGCCGUUCCACCCCACUCAACCAAUCAGAACCCACGUCUCUCAUACAAAGAAGGUGACAAUAUCAACGUGACAUGUAACGAGGGUUCUGGAUGGUACCCUUUGGAAUGUUCUGACGGAAUAUGGAUCGGACAGAAUAUUGUCUGCCCAAACCCCACCAUAGACUGCAACCAACCAAUCAUACCCGCCGUUUCAUCGCUGGACACCUACAGGUCUCAUUACAAGGUCGACGAGGUGGUUAACAUCACAUGCAAAACAUCCCUUGAUUCCAUUCUUUGGGAAUGCCACAAAGAUGGUCAAUGGCGCGGACCAGAGAUUCGCUGCCCCGUCUCUCAACCUAUAUCUUCAGCUGAUACAGCAGGGAGAGUUGGAGAAAAGCCUGUAGAAAAGUGGCACGGACGAGAUUUGAUAACUACUGGUCUUCUUGUAGCAGCUGUGAUCAUGUUUGUCCUAGUACUGAUGUCCAUGGUGGCCUUCUCCAUCUCUUUCAAAGGCUGGCACUCUGGAUCAGCUAAAGAUGAUAAAAACGCCGACCGAGGACCACUCCCGGAUGUUCCUGGAGGAUAUGCAGACUACCUUGUGGGAGAAAAGUCACUGUAUACCGAACCAUACUUGAAACCAAGCAGCAUUCCACAGGGAUAUGAGACCUACGAAAAACCGAUGUAAUUGACGAUACUACUAUGUUGUUAGAAACUAGAAACCUGAAUCUCCGUUCAGGAAAGUUGAAAUGUUGAA